CGAGACAAUAAUUCAAGGCUUUUACGCCUACGAACGUGCCGACGACGCAGCGAUUUCGCGUCUACGCCGUUCACGUAACUACUCAUUGCUGCGCUCAUUGCUGCUGGCAAAAAAAAUCACGCGCCGAGAGGGGCGCCGCCGGCAUUUUGGGAACAGUGCUCUCCCAGCCUGUGCGCACGCGAAGCCGCGCAGCCGACGCCGCCGACGCGCCGCCGACGCACCGCAAAAGAAAUGUUCCGCUCCGUCUGCUGCUGCCUCCCCGGCCGCAAGCCCGACUACCUGCAGGCCUCGGAGACGUCGCAUCUGCUCGGAGCAUCACCGUCCACGGAGCAGCCGACGGCCGCCGACCGCGACCUCGCCCAGAGGUACUGGGCGAAAGCCGUCGACUGCCACAGUAGAGGUGAUUUAGAUAGCGCCGUAGCGCAGUUCACGAGGGCGGCGAAACUAGAUCCUUCUCGAGCAGAUGUCCUACUCCACCUCGGCACGGCGUUGCAGGAUCGAGGCGAUUUAGAUGAUGCCGCGGACUGUUAUAGAAGGGUCCUCUCGCUGGACCCGACGAACCACGGCGCGUUAUAUAACCUGGGAUACGUCUACGAGGAGCAACGUCAGUUCGACGACGCGAUAAGGUGUUUUGAUGAUGCUUUACGGGUCGCGCCGCACGACGCCGACGCGGCGAUCAACGUCGGGAACUGCUACAUGCAGAUGGACGACGUCGCGCGAGCUAUCCGGACGUACGAAAAAGUCGUCGAACGCGACGACACGUGCGCGAUCGGCCACUACAAUCUGGGCAGUGCUUGUCAUGCUAGACGUGAUUUAGAUAAAGCGGCGAGGCACUUCUCGCGGACCAUAUCUCUGGAACCUGGGUAUGCCGAUGCCCACUUCAACCUCGGCAUCGUCCAUCAAGAGAGGGGGAGGCUCGAGGAGGCCCUCCGGUGCUACGACGAGGCCGCGCGGCUCGAUAGUACGCUGGCCGACGCGGCGGCGGCGGCGGACUUUGUUAGAAGGGCGCUGAAGGACGACGCUAAACGGAAGGGGGCGAACAAGGAGCCGUAGUAAGAGUGACUGUGUGAUCUUUGCGCCGGCG